CCCGACGAGCCCUCGGGUCCAGGCGGCGCGGCCAUGGACGAGCUCAAGUCGCUGUCGGGGGACGCGUACCUGGCGCUGAGCCGCGGCUACGCGGCGGCGGCCAGCAUCGCCUACGGGGCGGCCCGAGAGGCCGAGGCGGCCCGCGGCUAUGGCCCCCCGGGCGGCGACCUCCCCGCGGUGCCCGCGCCCUGCGCCCCGGCCGCGGCGGCCGAGAGCAGCGGCGAGCAGAGCGGCGACGAGGACGACGCCUUCGAGCAGCGGCGGCGGCGGCGCGGGCCGGGCGGCGCGGGGGCCGGGAGGCGGCGGCCCCGGGAACAGCGCUCGCUGCGGCUCAGCAUCAACGCGCGCGAGCGGCGGCGAAUGCACGACCUGAACGACGCGCUGGACGGGCUGCGCGCCGUCAUCCCCUACGCGCACAGCCCGUCGGUGCGCAAGCUCUCCAAGAUCGCCACGCUGCUGCUCGCCAAGAACUACAUCCUUAUGCAGGCGCAGGCCCUGGACGAGAUGCGGCGCCUCGUGGCCUAUCUCAACCAGGGCCAGGGCCUGGCCGCGCCGGUGGCUGCCGCUCCUCUGACGCCCUUCGGCCAGGCCGCCCUGUACCCUUUCUCGACGGGUGCCACGCUGGGGCUCUGCCGCGACAAGGGCUCUGCCUUCUCCGGGACGCCCUCGGCGCUGUGCAAACACUGUAACGAGAAAGCCUGAGGGCUCCGGGCGCCCUCUCCCUCCGGACGCGCCCUGCUUCUCACCACUGGUGACUGUGUCACCCCGGCCCUGCCUGGAGACGCCUGGACGGAACCCCGCCGAACGCUUCCAGCCCGAGCGCGCUGAGUAGUUUGGGGCCAUGAGGCACGCGAUUAAGCCAGAGGCUGGGCAUGCCCUCUGGGGACCCUCCCCACUCCCCCCUGAGCUUUACUUAGGAGCCAU